AUGACGCAAAGGAGGCAGGCAGCUGCUACUGAGGCACGAGAGGAGGACAGCGAUGAAGAGACUAGCGAGAUCAGCGACAUCGAGGACGGUCCAGACUAUGUCACCGCUGGAGGGGAUGAGUUGGAGAAUGCGCUGAUCAUAGUUCACAAGCGCGUCCUGGAGGGUGUCGCCGCCUGGUGCGGCUACGUCUCCAACGGUGUUUGGCUGGCCAAUCUCCAGCGUGGCGAACUGCAGGAGGUUGCCAGCAGCAUCGAGAAGAACGACGCUCGCCCCCUGCUGGUGCUUUUCGCAGAGGUGCCGCCCAUUGAAUGCCCAGAGAGGUUGGCCUUCUUGUUCUUCAAGAUCUUGAUGGCCUCACAGGAGCAGGUGGGGCUCCUGGCACAGUCCAGCGACGGCCCGUGCCGAGAGGUCGUGUUUCAGAUCGAUCUGGAGACGCUACAGGAUGGUCUUGAGAAAAUGGCGCGUCACUCGAAUCCGGUUUCACGAAAGCUGAUGCCAAGCGGCUGGAGAGAGCUGGGCAUCAACUUCGACGACAUCAACGAAUGUGGCAUCCAGUGCCGUGAAGAUGUUGGAAAGACGUUCAAAGAGCCAAGCAGUCUGUGGGUCGUGAUCGACUUUCUCAUUUGCUACCGGGUGCCGCUGAUCCUCAAGCUUUGGUCGCUGCUAGUCGCUGUGUACAUCUACCUGGGAGCAGGCUUGGGGAGCGAUAUCACCACCUCCUUCAACGGCUCUCUGCUGUGGCCACAGUGGGCUAGAGUCAACUUCAUCCAAUACACUGCCAUCGCAGAUGCUAGCCUUGGGGCCUGCCUGGAGCUCAUCACGCUGAGCUACGCAUGCUGGCAGCGGUUGCCCUCACUCUGCUACUGGUCACCCGGGCGUUGCUGUCCUUCUCUGUGCAUGCGAUCUCCUGGCGUUCCUCGACUUUGGUGGCUGGCCAAGCGCAUGGUGAGCCUGGUGAUGUUCACGGUCGGUGGUGCUUUCCUCAUCUUGGGCGCCAAGUUCAGGAUCAAGCCAUGGCAGUGCCGGCAGUCGGACUCUGGAGACUGCAAAGACCCGCGUGCAGCCACCUUCGAGGAUCUCAGAGACACGCUCCUGGAAGACUGGCUCUACUGGGGGAUCCGCGUGAUCCUUUUCUGCUUCAUGCAGUUGAGGAAAGGGCCGAUCUUCAUCUACGGCACUCCCUGGAAAAAUGCACGGCGAGAUGGUGGCCGUGGCUGUCGAGAAAACUUCUUGAAGACAGAUUUGGUGGUGCUGCUACUGUGGGCUCUGAUGCUCACGAGCAGCAUCGUCCUGGAGAUCUUCAUCAUUCUCCCAGCCAUGAAAGGCCUCGACCUGAACUCCACCUGCGGCCUUGACUUCUUGGGUCAGGUCUUUUCCUCUGAUCUUCCUUUCUUGAGAUGCCUCCUCGGCACCAGUCCACAAAACGCAGAGACCAAACCCGACAGCUGCUUCUCGGCACCGAAGGAGGCCCUUCCGUCGCUUGCGAUCAGACAAGAGGAGCUGGACAAUGCCUUCCGGCGCGACGUACUUGGACACCUGCAUGGAAUACAUGCAGCGUCUCAGUCCUCUGCCCCCUGCGCUGCGGAACGGGAGACCGCGGCUUUUGGGGAGGUUCACGGUGCUCACUUCGCGUGCCAGAAAGGCUUCAAAGAUGAUGAGCCAAAUCAAGAUAACUUUUCUGUGACACGGUUCAAGUCUGGCCACACGUUGGCAUGUGUUUGCGAUGGCCAUGGCCGAAGUGGCCACAAGGUCUCCGAACGCAUCGUGCAGACCCUACCUUUUCUCCUGCUGCAGCAGCUGGGCUUUGAUGGCACCCUUACUGAUGCUGACAUCGAGCAGGGUCUCGUGACGGUCUUCAACCAGGCACACAAAGAUGUCGUGGCACAUGCAGCCGAGGCCAAAUACGAUGCGAACCAUAGUGGAGCCACUGCGGUAGUGGCAUUGUUCAAGGACAACGAAAUAUGGACGGCCCAUGUUGGUGAUUCGAAAGUCGUGAUUGGGUCCGAGGAGGACGAGAGCCUGGUGUAUGCAUCUCAGGAUCACACGCCUGACAGCCAACCAGAGACCGAACGCAUCGAGGCUUGUGGUGGAGAAGUCCGGACUCCCCAACACGCAGAUGGGGCCCUCGAUUCGCCACGAGUCUAUGUGGGUGGCACCAAAUUCCCGGGCCUUGCAAUGGCCCGAUGUCUGGGUGAUGAUGCAAUGAAAAAGUAUGGAAUUAUCGCUGAACCGGAGGUGAGCAAGACUACAGUUGACCCGUGCCAGAAACCUUUUGUGUUUAUAGCCACAGAUGGUGUCUGGCAAUUCAUGGAUGCAGACUAUGUUACUCACGGCAUUGCCAGGAUGCUGAAGCAGGUGUCAGCAGUCAUCGGUAUCCCGGCACAGGUGGGUGAAUGUUCAGAGAAGGAGAACCUGCUCGACUUUGGAUGUGCGACCUGUGUUUGCAGCGUGCUCUUCGCACUCACCUUGGUCCUGGUUGGGUGCAUAGUUGACAUCUACUUCAUUUUCUACAUCUUCUCGGCAAUCGGCGGGCUGUGCAUGGGUCAGUAUCGACAGCUGAAUAGUGUCAAGAGAGUCGACGUGCCGAUCAACCUCAGACCAGGGGGAAAAGACGCCGGACGCUUCCAAGCGAAGAUUGGGCCCGGCUGGCGCAUGGUUUGGGGACGGAUGGUGCACAGCUUGUUGAGUGAGUCUCUCAUCGACCAGCGCAUGGCAGAAUGGCUGCGGAAGGCUGCGGAACCGCCCGGAGGGGAGGUCGACCCAGGCAGACUUCGGCAUCACGAAAAGAAGGACCUGCCAGACGACAAGCACAAGGACAAACUGAUCCACUUGUCACGCUUCCCCCAGAUCGUGGCAGAGCGGCUCGCCUUCUUCUUCCAGUCUCUCGAGAGGAUCCAGGAGCCGGGCGAUGGCACACAGGUUGAAGAAACCGACAAGCUUACAUCUCCGGAUUUCGAGCCGGGCACGGUUCCAUCGCUGACGCAGAUCAUCCCUUGCUACCAAGAGAUGGUGAUCCCAACCUCCGACUUCUUGCGAAAGGGUUCAUCCCCGGAGGAUGCCAAGAACCAGAGCCCGAACGACGAGCACGGCAUCGGCGAUUUGACUGCACCGCCGCUGGGCGAUGGGGUCAACACCAACCUGGCCUUUAUCAUCUCCCAAUUUCCAGAUGAAUGGCUCUUCUUCGCAAAAAGGGUCUACAAGGACGAGCGGGGCAGUGCAGUGGUCUCAGUCGUGAGCCUUGCGGUGCAAACAGGACACGGCUUUGCCCACGGUGCUGUUGCAGUUUCGUUGCCAGACAAGCUACCAACCUUGGCGCCCCCGGGGCAGCUGGGCCUCGAUUUGGAGCUCGAGAUCCGUCUCUGGGCCGCGAUGCGCACCCACUCCGUGGCGAAGACGGUGAUCGGUGCGCUGCAGUACCAGCACGCGCUGUCCUCAUUGCCCAAGAUACGGAAGUACUACGAAAACACCGGCAAGCGGAUCCCAGAGGAUCAUGCCGAGCUGAUACUCGCGGAUCAGACCUUCGGACAGCGUGUGCCAGACGGAAAUCCGGAAAACGACGAUGCGGUCAAGCAGCUGCUGCGGAGGUACGCGGACGAUCCUGUCUACCUCGUCUUCGACGUGAAUGAGAAGACUGGUGCCGAAGUGCGGAACCUCGUCUGGAGGUCAGUGAAGGCCGGGGAUGGGGUGGGUGGUUCAACAGAUUUUCCUCAUGGAGAGCUGGCUGUACUCCGACAGUUUAGUUCGCUUCAUUAG